AUGUCUGUUCAUUCCCUAUAUUUAUUCACACUUCUCUCGGUUGUUAUCGCUCAGUAUGAUGACCUUUCGAUAUUAGAAGAGGUCCUUGCGCGAAGCACACCUUCUAUGGAGGUACCAGCUGAGCCUGCGGCGAUUACUGUAACUUCAAGCCCAGUGACAGAGGCCGUGCCGUCCAGCUCAUCAGCUCCUGUACCAAGCACUUCUGAUAUGUCCGCUAUUGCAUCUGCGACUGAAAAUGUAAGUGGAGUCCCGGAGCCUGAAGAGAUGGAGGAGGAAGCAACUACCAGUGUGCCGAUAAUAGAGUUACCUCCAGUCACCAGCACUGCAAUACCAACAGACCUCCUAAGCAGUACAACAGAAUUAUAUCUCACAACACCCGAAAUAGCAACUUCUGCUGCUCCUGUGGUAAAAACAACAUCGACCGAGAAUACUCAGAUCAGUGAGGUCACUGAAAUUCCACUCACCGAAAAGGAAUCCAUCAUUGGACCGGGGAAUCCAGAUCUUUCUCGAAUCUAUCGAAAACUUUUCCCGUAUCACAUGGCUUAG